AUGAGCCUGCAGGUAUUCCAGGCCGGAUUGACCUGGAAGAUGAUCCUGGACAAGCGCGACGCCUUCCGCAAUGCCUUUGCGGGCUGGAAGAUCGAUGCCGUGGCCGCGUUGGGGCCCGACGACGUGGAACGCCUGCGGCAGGACGGCGGGAUCGUCCGCAACCGCCUGAAGAUCGAGGGUGUGAUCGAGAACGCCCGUCGGGUGCAGGCCAUCCGGGACGAGCAUGGCGGCUUCUGCGACUGGUUCUACGACGGGCUGGAAGGGUACGAGUACCCUUCGCUGGCCCGUGAACUGCGCCGCACCUUCAAGUUCAUGGGGCCGGAGAUCGCCCGGAUGUGGCUGAUGGCGUCGGGACGGAUCACUCGCGAAGAGGGCGACAAGUACCGCCCCGGUGCCGCCAACUGA